AUGCCGGGAGCUGCCACCGCCACCGCCGCCGCCGUUGCUGACAGCCGCCGGCGCACACGGCGCGCGGAAGGCCCCGCCGCCGUGCUCGCCAUCGGCACGGCGAACCCGGCGAACAUUGUGCUGCAGGAUGAGUUCCCCGACUACUACUUCGGUCUAACCAAUAGCGACCACCUCACUGAGCUCAAGGACAAGAUGAAGAGGAUAUGUAAUAAAUCAGGUAUUGAGAAGCGCUACAUCCAUCUUGAUGAAAAGCUCAUUCGUGCUCACCCAGAGAUCAUUGACAAAAACCUGCCCUCCCUAGAAGCUCGCAUAGACAUCGUCACAGCCGAGGUCCCGAAGCUUGCCGAGUCUGCUGCACGAAAGGCUAUUGCCGAGUGGGGCCGCCCGGCCACUGACAUCACCCACCUUAUCUUUAGCACAUACUCUGGUUGUCGCGCCCCUAGCGCUGACCUCCAGUUAGCGUCACUACUUGGGCUACGACCUUCUGUCUCCCACACCAUCCUAAGCCUUCAUGGCUGCUCCGGCGGUGGCCGAGCGCUCCAACUCGCCAAGGAGAUUGCUGAGAAUAACCAUAACGCACGUAUCCUUGUGGCCUUGUCCGAGAUGACCUUGGUAUGCUUCUCAACGCCCGAUGAAAGCAAAAUUGUAGGCCAUGGACUAUUCGGGGAUGGUGCUGGUGCAGUCAUUGUUGGUUCUAGCCCCUUGGCCGAUAGCGAGCGUCCAUUAUUUGAGAUGAUCGCUGCCACACAGACUACGAUACCAGGAAGUGAGCAUGUACUUGGCAUGCAGGCCAAGAGUAGUGGCAUAGAUUUCCACCUCUCCAUCGAGGUGCCAACGUUGAUCAAAGACAACAUUCAAGAGUGCUUGCUUGAAACGUUUCGAUCGAUCGGAAACAUGGACCCUAACUGGAAUGACCUCUUCUGGGCAGUGCACCCCGGUGGUCGUGCAAUCCUUGACAACAUAGAGGGAAAGCUCCACCUGCAGCCGAAUAAACUUGCAGCUAGCCGCCAUGUGUUGAGUGAGUACGGGAACAUGAGUGGGGCAACAGUGGCAUUUGUUCUUGAUGAAUUGCGGCGUCGUUGGGAGAAGAAAGGUGAUGAACCGCAACAUGAGUGGGGAGUAAUGUUGGCCUUUGGACCAGGUAUAACAAUUGAGGCAAUGGUGAUGCGCAACCCACUCUCUCAUGGUAUUAUGGAAAAUUAA